UAACAGGUAGGAGCUGAGUUCAUAGGCACUCUGAUUCUAAUGUUUGCAGGGACAGCCGCUGCUAUAGUGAACCAGAAGACACAGGGCGCCGAGACUCUUAUCGGCUGCGCCGCCACCACUGGUCUCGCCGUCAUGAUAGUCAUCCUCUCCACCGGCCACAUCUCCGGCGCUCAUCUCAACCCCGCCGUCACUAUCUCCUUUGCUGCACUAAAGCACUUUCCAUGGAAACAUGUUCCAGUGUACAUCGGAGCUCAAGUACUGGCGUCAAUAUGUGCAGCAUUUGCACUGAAGGGGAUAUUUCAUCCCUUCAUGAAUGGAGGAGUCACUGUUCCUUCUGCAGGAUAUGGCGAAGCCUUUGCUUUGGAGUUCAUCAUCAGUUUCAACCUCAUGUUCGUCGUCACCGCCGUAGCCACCGACACAAGAGCCGUUGGAGAACUUGCGGGAAUCGCAGUGGGAGCCACGGUCAUGCUCAACAUCCUUAUCGCAGGGCCAGCAACAGGAGGGUCAAUGAACCCAGUGAGAACACUAGGGCCAGCAAUAGCAGCAAAUAACUACAGAGCCAUUUGGGUAUAUCUCAUAGCUCCCAUUCUUGGAGCUCUCAGUGGAGCAGGCACUUACACUCUGGUGAAGCUCACUGAUGAACAAGAAGAAGAGGCCAAGGUCACAACUUCUGCCCCUGGCAGCUUCAGAAGAUGACCAUGUUCUCAACAUCAUGCAUGCCACCCAAUAAUAAACAACUAAACAAGUGGGCAUUGAGAAUUUGUAAUCCUUGGUUCCUGCCCAUAUAAUAUAUACAAUUUUAGUUGAGCAGGAAUGUGUGUGAGGAGAUAGAUUCUUGUAAUGUUUUAAGCCAAAAAAGAGUGGUGUGAGUGAUACAUGUAUAUAUACUGUAUUGUCUUUUCUUUUUGUGAUCAAUGAAUCAACCAAUGAAUGAAGCUAGAUUUCAUCUAGUUGGGGCAUUCUUGUUUA